AUGCUGAUAUUUUGUUACAACCUUGCAGCAGACACUUUUUUGCGUUUCCAGUCAGAAUUAUUGAAAUACUGGCAUCAAUAUCUCACCGUCAAUAUUCACACUAGGCAGCAGUGGGGAUUCGGACCAAAACCCCCACCACCAUCACCACCAUCACCACCACCAACACCAACACCAUCACCUCCACCACCACCAGCGCCGCCGCCACCACCACCACCACCAUCCAACACCAAGACCACCACCAACAUCAACACCACCACCACCACAUCACCAAGACCACCACCAAAACCAAAACUACCACCUUUCACCACCACCAACACCAUCAUCACAACCACCACCAACAUUCCUCCUCCUCCUGCUCCUGCUCCUCCUCCUCCUCCUCCUCCUCCUCCUCCUCCUCCCCUCCUCCGCCACCUUCUUCUCCCCUUCAUUCGUUCCUCUCUUCAUCCCCUACGUCCUCUGCCUGCUCCUACGUGUAAAUCUCGAUGCCUUCGCGCGCGUUACUUAAUUAAAUUGUUGAUCUAUAAUGCCUAGUCCAGUCUAGUACCUACGUAUCCGUAAUUGUUCUUGUUCACCCCUGCGCAUUAUUCGCUCUUCUAUUCGUCACAUGUCUUUUACUUAUUCUGCAGACUAUGUUCCUACGACAGCCUUCUGCGCCAGAGCCUGGCUGAGUCACCAGUUAUAACUCCGGCGAAUUUUGCAUUCAUAAAACCAGUCAAGCACUGGAACCAGCCAGUUUGUCUCUCUGCCUUUACCACAGGUGAUAGGAGGGGCGUUCUCAGGAGAUCGUUACUCACACCCAGCUCUGAUAGACUGGCGCGUACAGUGGUGGGUCCCGCACGUAACGCCUUUGCUACUAUUUCUCAUCGACUCCUAUCCUCGUGACGAUCUGGUCCUGCCAUUGUAGUGAUUUGCUAUUUUUACCAUCUGAGCCGUUAGUAAUUGCUGCGGCACACUUAUUCUGUUGAUCUGAACGCGAUCUUGUAGCGCAUCUCGAAAUAGGUCUACUUCCAUUCCUCUGAUUAUAUUUAGAUGCAUUUACUGCUGGUGAUCUUGUCUCGGGUGUCACACUCGCAAGGAGACGUGGACGUGUACAGCCAGUGACCGAUCUCAUGACAUAUUAUUCCAAAUUCUGGAAUGCGUUUCCCGUGGGGAAGGGUUGGAUUUGUGCGGUUUUUACGUUGAUUAUCUUCCGCCAUAAUCCCAAGAUUUUGCAGAUACCGGCCAUAUUCAUUAUAGGUUUGCGCAAAUCGCUCAGUAGUUUGUCGCUCACAUGAGGCCGAGUCGUGACUGUUUGGCUGUUUACCGAUUUGAAUACUUUCACAUACCUCUUUUUUAUUGAUUUACUGUGGAAUUUCUAUGAUUUAAGAGGCAGGGACACGGACUGUUCUACCAAAAAUAUUCUACUGUUUUGCACCGUUAGCACUGCGAAUGAACCUAUGUUGAAUUUCUUUGAGAUUGAAUUUUCAAGGUCAAUAGGUUGAAAUGGAAUCCCACAUUAAUUCCCUUAAGGGAGCACAGCAUGCUAAAUAGAAAUGGCAACUGUUUGAGAGGAUGAAUUCGAGAUAUUUUUGCAAGUCGGGUCUAGGUUCAGAAGGUGACAUCUUUCUAACAGAAUAUUUAUGUAAUAGUAUAGCCCAGAUAUUUUUAACGCAGCCAAAUACACGAACUGGCCUUUAAAUGAACAAAAAAUUACUUACUUAAAGUCCGUCCCGAAAUAGAAGGCUAUGUUAAACCAUGCAUUUCAAGGACCACUAAUGGAUUUAGAAGGUGAGCAAACGCAUGUAGUCUCUAAAAUUAGCCAAGCAAUUGAUCCGUCUAAUGACAUUAUUUGCACUCCUAAUCAUUCCCAAAAUGCAUCAUAUAGUACUGAACGUGAUUUUAUGUUCACGGCGUCCAUUGUGAUGACGCGCAUAAACCAGCUUUUAAUAUAUCGCAUGCUAUCAUAUCAUGCAAUUUGGAUAUCUAUUAAGUCUAGACCGCAUGCUCCCGCGUUUAUAUAUGAUGCAUCAUUGUUCUGUGUUCGUAUCUCGAUGAUGGUUUUAUCAAUUUAGAUUGAUUAUAGUUUGUGCAGCAAUGCAAAGUGAGUUCCCGGAAUAAUUAUGCUGGAAAUAGACGCCGAAGCUUCAGCAGUUAUCAAGAGAACGGCGCUUUAGUCAACAAUGAAGAAGAGAAUGGGUUGGUGGCAGGUUAGAAAGAGGGGAGAAGAGAGAGUUGACAAGAUUACUCAUAAAUAUCAAACAAGGCUUCCUUUCAUACGAAAUGUAUGCGAGUAAUAAAGGCCAAUUGUUUUAUUCUAACUUUAACUUUCAGUAACGACGAGAAGAGGUCAUGUACUAUCUUCUUUGAUCACCUAUAACAUCUACGCGGUUAGUUUCAAUCAGUGACCUUGUUAUCUCUUGACGUGUGUGGACUUCUCAGCCGAGUCGACACACAUUUAAGAUUGUGUGGAAAUUAAUGCAUGAAUCAGGUAAACCGAAGUCCAUUGAGUUUAUCCAUUCGCAGUGGAGUUUUGAUGUUUAUGCAAAGGGCCGUAGAGACAAUCGAUUUGAGGGUUGUUGCACUCCCGAUUUCGGCUGUCUUAAUUUCACUAUUCACCAUUUCACCAUUUCACCAUUUCACCAUUCGUACGCUGGCGUUCCGCCUCACACCCAUUUGUUCACACAGCAAAUCACCAAGAUUUUAACCAACAUGAAUGUGUGACUGGCGCGGCCGAAGUCGCGCCAAGUCGUGCCUCCACACCUGGCUCGGAUACCACGAAGCCAGAUUGGCAAACAAGUCACAUCUAGGAGAAGCCAUUUCAACCUGACUCUUACAUCACUAGGGGUGUUUUCAUGCUAGUUGAAAGGGCCAUGCAGUUGUAACCAUGACCCCCUCCAGAGGUGACAGUCUGAGGCAGCCCAUCCGAACGGCUUGUUCCAUCCUCAUCCUCAGUACUGGAAACCUAACGCAUAAGGCGAAUGACAAAACUCGCACCGUCUGAUGGCUAGAGCGUUGGCUGUACUAAAGCCUUUCCCUUGUUAUAGGGGGUUCGAAUCCCGCCGGGACAGCGGGUUUUUCACUGUUAGGUCAAAAUGAAUCUAGGUUUAAGGUUGAUCUCUUCUUUGGCAUCGACAGGUAGACAACGAUGUCAGAUAGUGAAAACGUUACAGUCCCAUCGUUUCGUGAAGCGGUAUCGACAUUUGCUGUUCAUUGUCUAACUACCUCACUGGCCUAUUUAAGACUGCCUGAUUCUUCAUACUCACAGCCAUCAAUCCAGAGAGGUGUCUUGUUCUGGUGGAUGUCCUUCCGGUAGUCCCGUCAAUAGCGUAGCUGAUCAGACCGAAGCAUAAGACACAGCGUCGUCAAACGAUGGACCAAAUAUGGAGUGGAUGAGAGAGAUUGCUUUGGACCAGAGAAUGUGAACUGUUGGGGCGAUAGUAGACUCGGAACAUGAUGACAUUUGUCGGCAUGCCAUGUAGACUCUGAACCAGUCACAGACACCCGGGAUUAACAGAAUUAAGCUCUGCGGCAAAGUAAAUAAAAGAAGACGGCCGUCGGUUGUUACUAGGGGUUCUGGAGAUCUGAAAUGCGCCACAGUGUGAAUAUUUGAUCCGCGCAUCCACGCCCAACGCGAGUCAUGCAACCUUAUAAUCGUCUUAGACUAACAACAGAGGAAGCUUUCACAUCAACGUCGAUUGGAUUCAUGACGCGAUGGUUUUUGCUAGUCGCCCAAUCACUGACUGGAGCCAGGACACUGGAGUGUCGGCACACGAUCUGUCGACUUCAGCGAGGACACCGUCCUCUCCAAAAGUCUUGUUGGCGUGUUGUUGUGCGGCCAACGUGUAUGAUCGAAGAUGUCUUCCUGAGGGCGAUGGGGGGGGGGGCUUUCACAGACGACACUGCACAAGCUGGAGAGACGGGGGUGGGGACUCUGCUCCAGAGCAGAUCGGCUGCUCAAAAUGGUCAUCUCUCUGCUAGUCCCUCUGGCUGAUUUGUCGACAAUAAAGCCGCCAUCCAUAUCGCGAACAAAGUGACCCAGUACUAACUUGACGAAUGGUUUGGUAGUUCAAGAGUAUGGCUGAAAUUUAAGACGUUUUAUCAUGAAAGUUGUAUUGCAAGCCCAGUAUUUUUAACGGUCAUUUUUAAUUAAAUUCGCGUUAUUUCCUGGAUUUGAGAGAUGAGAUCAUUAGUGGGAGGCAUAGGAUUGCGAAAGUGAGCUCUUGUUCAAGGACGAAGAAUGUUACAAGGACGAUAUCUGCUUCGUGAUAUAGACACGAUGAUGUGUGAGAGAGUGAUAAGCUGUUUGAACUAAUGAACGAUUUAAUGUCGGCUGACUAAAAAUGCUGGAAAAUUGAGCAAACUUCUGCAUCCUUAACCAAGACUUGACGGUGUGCAGUCCAAAUCGUUACAGUAUGGGCGUUUGAUGCAUAUUCGGGCUUUAAGUUCCAGAAUCGGAAUUCUGAGAAAUCAAGAGCCCUAGGUGAAUUCGCACUUUAAUCUUCGUCACAACGACACAUGUGACUUUUGGGAGAGGCAGUGUAAUUAUUGCCCCUGGGGACAUUGAAUCCUGCAUUACUGGCAUGCGAGGCCAUCAAUAGCCGUCAUGCGCACUUGUGUCUGAAGUGCAUUUUUUAACUUCUCAGUCUCUUCUGUUCACCUGCCAAAACAACGCCGGUCAGAGCGGUAGAGAAUUCUACUAAACUCCCUGCUGUAGCUGGAGAAGAAGGAGAGAGACGAAGGAGAAGAAGAUGCGGAAAAAGUGAAGGAAGAAGAAGAAGAAGAAGAAGAAGAAGGAAAAGAAGAACAAGUAUAAGAAUAGAAAGAUGGAGAAAAAUCUGAAGCUCGUUUGUCUAACUUCUCUGUCUCUCUUGUUCACCCACCGAUUCAACGCCGGUCAGAGCCCUCAGAGAAGUCUACUUAACUCACUGUCACUGUGCUUUUAAAGUGUUUGGAUUUGAGAAGGAGAGGGACAAGGAUGACGCGGAGGAGGAGGUAGAGGAUGAGGAGGAGGAGGAGGAGGAAGAAAAAUAA